UUAACCCGGAUAUAGCUAGCUCCUCAAGCGCUUUGUAGACAGUAAAGUCGAUUUAGCUUGUUUGAUAUCGAAGAUGAGCUCGUCUCGUUCUGCUCUGUCGGUUCUAAGUCGGUGUCAUGAAUAAGCAUCACGAUGCAGCGAUACGAUAAUCAUAUUUGUCCUUUGUGCUGAUUCCAGACAAACAGCGAACAUAUUGUCCAUCUUGGAAACGGGCCGACAAGGUGUAAAGGAUUGCUGCCAUGACUGGAGCUGAUGCCGAGGAUGAUAUUCCUUUAAGCGAAAGGAAGACUGUCACAGAUUUUUGCUAUCUCCUGGACAAAUCAAAACAACUUUUCAAUGGACUAAGAGACCUUCCCCAGUAUGGACACAAGCAGUGGCAGUCCUACUUUGGGCGGACUUUUGAUGUUUACACCAAGCUGUGGAAAUUUCAGCAACAGCACAGGCAGAUUCUGGACAACCGCUAUGGCUUGAAGAGAUGGCAGAUUGGGGAAGUGGCAUCCAAAAUUGGGCAGCUGUACUACCACUACUACCUACGUACAUCAGAAACAAGUUACCUGAAUGAGGCAUUUUCUUUCUACUCGGCCAUCCGCCAGCGGUCCUACUACUAUCAGGUCAACAAAGAGGACAGGCCAGAAUUGGUUGUGAAGAAACUUCGAUAUUACGCCCGAUAUAUAGUUGUCUGUUUGCUGCUCAACAAGAUGGACCUAGUCAAAGUUUUGGUCAAGGAGUUAUCAGAAGAAAUCGAAGAUUACACACAACGAUUCAACACUGAGGAUCAGUUGGAAUGGAACUUGGUUUUACAAGAAGUAGCAUCAUUUGUAGAGGCAGACCCUGUGGUACUACUGAAUGACAACAAUUGUGUCACGGUCAUCAGCUAUCGUCUACAGGAGGGAAAUGUGCCUCCCUUGGAACAAGGCAUGGUGGUUGGCCAGCUUGUCCUUGCAGAUGCACUAAUCAUUGGCAACUCUAACAGCCAGGUUAAGUUUAGUGAACUGACUAUUGACAUGUUCCGUAUGCUUCAAGCUUUGGAGAGAGAACCAGGGAACCUUGCUGUACAGACAUGUAAACAAGGAAUUUUGGAACCCAAUGAGAAGCCUGCAAAAAGGGAAAACCCUCACAAGUAUCUUCUGUACAAGCCAACAUUCAGCCAGCUGUUUACUUUCUUGUCAGCCUCCUUUAAAGAGUUGCCUGCAAACAGUGUUCUUCUUGUCUACCUAUCAGCAACUGGAGUCUUCCCAGCUUUAAAUUCAGAAUAUGAAGUCGGACCGUAUGAUUUUGGAGGCGUUCUCACAAAUUCAAAUCGAGAUAUUGUGAAUGGAGAGGUGAUUCAGAAGAGAAAUCAGUCUCAGAAAGACAUGCACUGCCUCCAUCCUGGUGAUUUGCUCCCCUUUACUCGGAAGCCACUUUUUAUUAUAGUGGAUUCUACAAACAGCACAGCCUAUAAGAAUUUCACAAAUAUGUUUGGUCAGCCUUUAGUGUGCCUACUAUCUCCUAAAGUAUAUCCCAAGAGUAUACAAGAUCAAUCCCAGCGUGGGAGUCUCUUCACCCUUUUCCUCUACAGCCCACUCUUGGCAUUCUUCUCUGUGUGCGGCUUAAACAGCGUGAGACGAGGACUUUGGGAGAGUGCGCAAGAAUUCCUUCACAAAGUCGACCAUGACAUAGCGCAAAUGAUAACACGAUCACAAACCAUAGAUCAAGCCUUUUUGCAGUUCUUUGGUGAUGAAUUUCUUCGACUGCUGCUGAUCCGUUUUGUGUUUUGUUCAGCUACAUUGAGACUGCACAAAGUCUUUCGGGAUUCUCAGAGCUUCCCUGAGUCUUACCCCGAGCUCCCGAAACAGGACACAGUGGAGAGCAGUGUUCUUCAGAAGCAUAUUUUGAAGAUGGCAGCCAUACUGGAUGUACAGAACCUCUUUUGGGAUCAUUCAGUGGAAGCCUACUAAAGUCUUUACCCAGGACCAAAAAAAGAAACAAAUCUUCACACAUACUCAGAUGCCGCAGCCUUUUGUAGCAUUUUAUUUGUUUAUUUAUAAGCUGACAAGUAAGUAAUACUUGUCAUGUUUUUUUGCCAUAUUUCCUCCCAAAAGUAAUGAAGGCACACGACCAGUUCAACCAAAACUGGUCAACAUUACUUACAAACUAUUCCAGACUUAAUAUUGAAUUACUUAUAUGACUUCAUUGCAUGUUUUUUUCAGAAAAGCAUCCUUAGCAUAACUGCCUACUUUUUACUAGAUAAGUAGUUUUUGUGUUUUGUUUAAGCUUAAAAAAGUAUUGUAUAUGGUCAAAAUUGCACAAAUAAUGCAUAUAUAAAAUACUCUCACCAUGCCCUUGAUGACCAAUUAUUAAAGGAGCCAUAUGUAGUAAUGUGGCAGUGCAAUCACUGUCAAAAUUCUGUAGUCCCCUCCCACUCUCCAUGACUGAGGUUGCCAGAUACGAAUCCGAAUCCUACUCCAAGGAACUUCAAAUGGCAAUCGAAGAGUCCUACGCUGUAGGUUUCUCUUGUUUAUGCUUCUUGCAAGAUGGUUUACUAAGUAAUUAUGACACAUUUUACUGUUGUCGAUUAGCCAAAUGUAUUUGCAAAGUUACGCAGCAAUAUUUUAGUCGGGAGUCUGGACAGAUAGUUGGUAUUAUCCUGCUAAAGUGUUUAGUUUGACCGCACGGACCACCAUCGAAAUAUAUCAUGUAUAAUAAUAUACAAUAUAUUAUAUAUCGCAUAGGCCUACUUUGACGGCAAGUCAAGGCCAACAGUAAAAUUACCGCCGCAUUUCGUUCAGCAUAACUCCACGUUGCAUCCAACGUGCCGCACUGCAUUCACUUCCAUGUACGCACAUCACCAUCUUUCAGUGCAGAGUGCGAUUCUAUGAGCCAACCCACGUUACGCAAAAACCAUGUUACGCAUAAACCAUGUCAGUUGGAUGACACAUCGACAUACAGGCUAACGGGCAUACAGUAUAUUUCCCCCGUUAGCCUAUAUGUCGAUGUGUCAUUGACCGGGCUAGCAUGCUAAGCAUUACACUAGGAACUGAGCACCAUCACACUAAGCAUUUGUUGCACAAACAUACUAGCUUUGUUAGACAAGAUCAUAGACUGUAUUGGAAAUACAGUUUACAUACGAAAUAUCCAUUUCCAUUUAUUACAAGUAAUAAGAAAACGUAAAUGCCUUACUUACCUGGAAAUUAGCAAGUUUGGCAUUAGAUGAAAAAAUCUUCUCCGCCUUCAAUCGUCUCCAUCUUUCAAAGGCAUCCGCGAUAGAAAUCCUCGUUUUGUUCCUGGCUUUGUCAUGCUUAAGUUGAGAAUCGUAACUACGCCUUUUAGAUUUACUAAGGUCUGACAUGUUUAGUAGCUUUACCAGUGGCAGUAGCUUGAAGAAGAGGGGGGUGCGUAACUGGCAACCUGGAUGUAACACACUCACAAAAUUUCUAAUUGGUCAAACGGUGGAGCGCAGGGCAUCGAAAUGAAAACAAUAACAAGAUUUCGGGGCUGUAUAUCUAAUUUUGAAAUGAGCAUAACUGAGCUGUUAUCAGUUAUACCGUUAUCAGCUACAGAGGUAUUCAAAAAGAACAUGAUUUAAUUAUGCCUUUUGAUAUAUCAGGGCCAUUUAAUGAUGACUUGACAUGAAAUUUCUACAUAUGGCCCCUUUAACUAGAAACCCAUAAGACUCAUAAAUAUCAAUCAAAAUAAAAAGAAGGAACGUAUCUGAGUUCUGGCGGAUUUGGAUAUUAAUACAAAUAUUGCAUUAACACUUAAAUUGGUCAAAAUGCACUGAAAUAUGGCAACUGGUUAGAAUAUAGAGUAGUUAAUCGAUGUAGAUUAUAACAUAUUUUAAAUGUUUAUACUAUUUAUUACUGUGUACACGAUGUAUAUAAAUGUCUAUCUGAUGUGAUCGUUAGAAAUAGGCUCCUAUUUUUAAGUGAUGUUGCAUUUUCACUUCAACUUUGUAUCACUUUUUUUUGUUUUCAGAAAUAUCCUCUUUGCCAACAAUCGGUCAUCUGCUUUGGGAGGCGGAUCUGAAAUCUUUGUAUUUGUAUGUAUAAUGUAUUGGAUAAUGUCGAUGAUAUUUUUCUACCACGUGUAAACUAAUGUAUUGACUUGAAUAUAAGAUAACCCUUUCCUUUACAAGACAUGGAAAAAUAAUUUGUUUUAGUGCUGUUGAAUAGUAAUGUAAUGUAAAAAAAAAUGGGCUUAAUUACCCCGCGAACCUGAGAGGGACAAGCGGUAGAAAAAUGCAUGGAUGGAUGCUUAAUUACACUAUUUAAUCGUGAUUAUUCACAAUUACAGUUAAUCUUUUUUUUUAUUUGUACUUAUAUUAUUUUGACACAAAUGUAGUUUGUCAAAAAUGUCAUACAGAAACAUUUAAAGAUAAAUUGCGUGAUUAUUCUGCAUUUACACAUAAAUGCGAUCAUAUUUUGUGAUUAAUCGCAAACUUUGACAGUCCUGCUUUAUAUUAAAGUCGUGAUUAAAAUCGUUCCGUUAAUACCAUUUAUCAUAUUUUAGGAAUCACAUUGCUUCGCUGCUCAACAGUUACUGUUUCAUUGAUCAAAGUUAAUGAAAAAAAAUGGCGUCAAAACUCCUACACGCCAAGGAUGCGUUAACGCUUGUUUUGAUUGAUUGAUUGAUUGAGACUUGUAUUAGUAGAUUGCACAGUACAGUACAUAUUCUGUACAAUUGACCACCACCCGAAUAAGUUUUUCAACUUGUUUAAGUCGGGGUCCACGUUAAUCAAUUCAUUGUCAUGUUUGGUUCGGUUAUAAUUAACUCUAGUGUGCAUUCUGGUGCCACUCUUGUCAAGUUUUGAACACAAUCUAACUAAACCAUGAUGCGCACCAAACAAACUUGCCAGCAAAAUAAAACAUGCAGAAAUUAGGGAUGAGUACUUUUCACGUUUGAACCGAUACGGUUCUAAUUCCCGGUACCUGGGAAAUUAGUACUGGUGCAAAUUUUCUGUAUUUUUGUGUUAAAAAUAAGUGUUUUUGGUAACACUUUAGUAUGGGGAACAUAUUCACCAUUAAUUAUUUGCUUAUUAAAGCAACAAAGACUUAAAGGCCUACUGAAACCCACUACGACCGACCACGCAGUCUGAUAGUUUAUAUAUCAAUGAUGAAAUCUUAACAUUGCAACACAUGCCAAUACGGCCGGGUUAACUUAUAAACUGCAAUUUUAAAUUUCCCGCUAAACUUCCGGUUGAAAAACUCCUUUGGAUAUGACGUAUGCGGGUGACGUCACGACGGCAACGGAAGUAUUCGUACCCAAUGUGUCACCAUACAAACUGCUAUGUUUUCAUCGAACAAUUCCACAGUAUUCUGGACAUCUGUGUUGGUGAAUCUUUUGCAAUUUGUUUAAUGAACAAUGGAGAUGGCAAAGAAGAAAGUUGUAGGUGGGAUCGGUGUAUUAGCGGCUGGCUGUAGCAACACAACAAGGAGUACUUACUUGGAUAGCAGACGCCUAGCGGAUGCUAGCCGCCAACCGCACGGAUGAUCGUGUGAAGUCCUUCGUCGCGCCGUCGAUCGCUGGAACGCAGGUGAGCACGGGUGUUGAUGAGCAGAUGAGGGCUGGCUGGCGUAGGUGGAGCGCUAAUGUUUUUAUCAUAGCUCUGUGAGGUCCGGUUGCUAAGUUGCUAAGUUAGCUUCAGCGUCGUUAGCAACAGCAUUGUUAAGCUUUGCCAGGCUGAGAAUUAUUAACCGUGUAGUUACAUGUACAUGGUUUAAUAGUAUUGUUGAUCUUCUGUCUAUCCUUCCAGUCAGGGAUUUAUUAAUUUUGUUUCUAUCUGCAUUUGAACCAGAUGCUAUCACGUUAGCUCAGUAGCUAAAGAGCUUCGCUGAUGUAUUGUCGUGGAGAUAAAAGUCACUGUGAAUGUCCAUUUCGCGUUCUCGACUCAUUUUCAAGAGGAUAUAGUAUCCUAGGUGGUUUAAAAUACGAAUCCGUGAUCCACAAUAGAAAAAAGGGGAGUGUGUGGAAUCCAAUGAGACCUUGUACCUAAGUUACGGUCAGAGCGAAAAAAGAUACACCCUGCACUGCCUCUCUAGUUCUUCACUCUAACGUUCCUCAUCCACGAAUCUUUCAUCCUCGCUCAAAUUAAUGGGGUAAUCGUCGCUUUCUCGGUCCGAAUCUCUCUCGCUCCAUUGUAAACAACGGGGAAUUGUGAGGAAUUCUACCUCCUGUGACGUCACGCUACUUCCGGUACAGGCAAGACUUUUUUUUAUCAGCGACCAAAAGUUGCGAACUUUAUCGUCGUUGUUCUAUACUAAAUCCUUUCAGCAAAAAUAUGGCAAUAUCGCGAAAUGAUCAAGUAUGACACAUAGAAUGGAUCUGCUAUUCCCGUUUAAAUAAAAAAAAUUCAUUUCAGUAGGCCUUUAAUUUAGAGUUAUUUGGACACUAGUGGUUAGGGUUAGGCCUACUAAUAAGCGUUUAGGGUUAGUUAGCUCUUCUUACUGGUUGUAUAAUAAGGCCAUGCAGAAUAACGCAUUAAUAAGUACUUAAUAAUGACUAAUUAAGAGCCAAUAUGUUACUAAUUUGCAUGUUAAUAAGCAGCUAAUUAAUGGUGAAUAUGUGUUCCCCAUACUAAAAUGUUACCGUGUUUUUUAAUUUAACAAUGAGCUGUUAAUGAUAACUGUACUGUCCAGUUGUUAGAUCUUGUUUUCUUGGACUCUAAGUCUCAUUUGCAUGUAACUAUGUUGUAGAUUUUGCAUGCAGUUACAAUUCCAAGAUGUUAGAUGGCAGUAGUGUAUCGGUUAGUUAGGAUGUAGUCUUUGCCAUUAAGUGUCUAUGAAUGUUCUCAUUCAUCCAGGUCAUUGUCAUCUCAGGGCAUUCAAUCGAUCACAACUGGACUGUUUGGUUUGUCUUAGAAGUUCAUCAGUUCAUGCUCGUAGACUUAGAUUGGUCAGAUCGAGUCUAGCGGCUGGUGCCAGAAAUGUGCCAGUUUUGUCUUUUGUUGAGUCCUACAAAGUGAUUAUACUAUAAGUAUUGCACAACAAUUAUUUGAUUGUAACAUGCAUCUUAGUUGAAGAAUUGAUCAUCAAAUUAGGAGGUGUUGAAAUCACCAUGUACAAUUGCUAAUGCUAAUCGGUAGCAUGUCGUAUGGUAUUUUCAAUGUUAAUUAGCACUGAGCUAGCACAUUUUCAAAAGUCAGUUCAGUUUCAGUUCAUUUCGAACAUGCGUACGAUACAAUGUAAUGCAUCACAUAUUUCCAGUUGUUUCAUUACGGCACGUCCGAAAAGGAGUAGGAAGAAGCAGAGUUUAUUUAAUCCUACACCUUUUCAUACCAUAGCAAUUUUAUCCCAUUUCCUUGUUCUCUGUAACAGAACAGUGAACAAAUAAAUAACAUACCAUAGUAAGUAAACAAAUAUAUAAAUAAUCUUUAUCUCAAAAAAAGGGUUCAAGAUGUUCAUCAUAAUUCUUGUUCUGUGUACUUUGUGAACACUUGCAGUUUGAACAGUCUCUUAAACUGAAUCAUAUUGGUGCUAUGUUUGAUUUCUUUGGUUAUCCAUUCCAUAGUUUAAUUCCACAUACUGAUAUGCUAAAUGUUUUAAGUGUUGUACGUGCAUACGAAUGUUUUCAAUGAGAUUUUCCUCUUAGGUUAUAUUUCUCCUCUUUUGUUAAGAAAAGUUGUUGUACAUUCUUGAGUAGCAGGUUAUAGUUUGCUUUGUACAUAAUUUUAGCUAUGUCAAGUCUUACUUUUGAGUGCUUUCUAGCAGGCAACAUUAGCUAGAGACUGUCCGCUCCUGUUGCUUAUUUCCCCGCCAAAAUGCAAGCGGACGUGACGUAAUGUGCAACAAAUAUGGAUUUGUUUGAUUUUAUGUAAAUCGAUACCAGGUAGUACCGAUGGAAUAGAGUCAGUACCUAUAAAGUACCCAAUUCAGUACCCAUCCCUAGCAGAUAUUAGCACUGCCUGGACAUCUGCUCUGUCUCAUAUUUUAACAUCGCUUGCAUCAAAGUCUUACAAUGCACAGAUGUUAUUUUUGAGGCAUUAGUUGAAGAUGUAGUUUAUCAACAAGUUGUUUUGUCAAAAGUUGGUCAACUUGAUUGUCACUGUGAAGAUAGCGCCAAGAUUAGCUGCCGUGUUGUCGUUCGCAUUGUCCACCCUUAACCCGAAUAUGGAAGGCCAAUUGUGGAAUUGAUUGAUUGAUUGAAACUUUUAUUAGUAGAUUGCACAGUUCAGUACAUAUUCCGUACAAUUGACCACUAAAUGGUAACACCCGAAUAAGUUUUUCAACUUGUUUAAGUCGGGGUCCACGUAAUCAAUUCAUGGUAAAUAUCGAUGGAAUAUCUUCAUCGAUCGCCACAAUGUAAUAAUGUCAAAUAAGACAAAUACUGCACUGUAAUACAUGUGAGACUUAAUUUACACUUACUUCAGACCAGGGGUUGGCAACCCAAAAUGUUGAAAGGGCCAUAUUGGACCAAAAAUACAACCAAAAAAAAAAUCUGUCUGGAGCCGCAAGAAAUGUAAAGCCUUAUAUAAGUGUUAUAAUGAAGGCAACACAUGAUGUAAGUGUCUAUAUUAGCUAUAUUAGCCUACUAUCAAAAUGACUAUGUGUUGCAGGCUGACGCAAAUCUUCAUUGACAGAAAUGUUGAAAUGUAUUAUUUAUUCUACACAAUUUUACAACAUUGGAACACAUUACUAAAAUGUAGGCUUUUCAGAGGGUGUGAUAACUCCUGGAAAUUACUGGCUUAGAAUGGCCAAAGGUAUAGAUGUGUGUGUCCAAGUUAAAGGAAACGGAAACUACAAAUAAAAUAACCUCAAAUAUACCUAAAAUAAGAGGCACAAUGAUGCAUGUGAUGUACAUAUGUACAUACAGCUAGCAUCGAUUAGCUUGCAGUCAUGCAGUGAGCAAACAUGCCUGAUUAGCACUCCACACAAGUCAAUAACAUCAACAAAGCUCACCUUGGUGGAUUCACGCACAGCAUAAAAGGUUUGAUGGAAAAAUAGAGACAAAGGAGGAGUGGCAUAAAACACGUCUUUCUGUGGCAGCAUCAAGGAAAGUUGUACAUGUAAACAAACUACGGUGCAUUCAAGGACUUCCGAAAUUAGGACAAAACGGUACGCGCCAAAUAAGUGAAGCAUGUUUAAUGUAAACAGUGGGAUUUCUAACAAUUAGGAAGGUUUGUGUCAUGUGUGUCCACAUACAGAAAACAUAUUAAAACCAAACUUUUUUUUUUUCCAUUUUCAUACAUUUUUUAAAAAGCUCCAGGGAGCCACUAUGGUGGCGCUAAAGAGACGCUUGUGGCUCGAAAGCCGCGCGUUGCCCACCCACGUUUUAAACCAACAAUAUGAUUUAAAAACAAUAAUAAUACAGUCUGUGAGGUAAUAAAACCGCGACAUUUGAAGCAUGAUGUGGCGAAUAUAUACAACUCCACGAAGAAUAUAAAAUGACCUCUCUUUUUCCAGAUUUUCUAUGUAAAAAAACAUAUGCUUACAUUCUUGUCUUAUAUUCAGGUCAAUAUUGUAAUGCAGUUUAAUUUUCAUGUUGUUUACAUUUGUUUUGCCCAACCUAUCCUUAACUCAAAGAAGAAUACGAUACAUUUAAAUUACUUGCCCCAAUCUGAGGCUCUGUGAAAAACUUCCUAACAGCUUCAAAUCCAAGUUUAUUUUGUUUGUUUUUUGAAGAAAAACCUUUUGGGCAGGUCCCUCCAAGAGUAGUAAUAUGCUCAGUAAGCGCCUUUUUUUUUUCUCUUCUCCACAAUAUAUGUUCUGUGAUUCUGAGAUCACCACAGUUGCAAUUUGAGGAAUCGAAGCACAAUGAAAAUGAAACAAGUGUGUAAAGUUUAAGAACAACACUUUUUUUGUACGUUUAGAACAUGUGAAUAUAUAUGUUGUGUUUUGUGCUGUUAAUACCAUGAGCAUGAACAUUUGACUUGUGUAAGAAAAUAUUCUAGUUUGAACCAAUUGUGGUCAAAGGAAUGAUGUUUUUUACGGCACCGCCUAGUUUCAUUUGUGUAGUGUUGUAUUGUUGCAAAAUUUUGUGUUGUCAAAAUAUACAGUAGAAGGGGGAUUCAUACGGCACCAUCAUCAGGGAUUUACCUGACACAUGAAACGGGACGAUUUUGGGGGGGAGUGCACUAUCCACUUUAGCGACCAGAUGGCAGUAGAGUGGUAAAUAUCUUAACAUGUGUUGUUGUGGCAAUGCCAACUUUGACCACAGCGUCGUUGCUAUGUAGAGUGGCGCUUUUCAUUAGUUUCCGCACACCGCAUGGCAAAAUGUUGAACCAGGAAUGGGGCUCUAUGAAUCCCUUCUCUACUUCAAACAAUUAAGUGAAUGGCGAGCUCCCAGAAGCCUUUGCAUCAAAUGCUCGUAUCCAUGUGCUCUUUUUAUGUCCAUUGCAAAAAAAAGUUUUUUGUUAAAAAAAAAAAAAGGGGGGGAAUAAUUUCAGUUAACAUAUUUUUAGCUAAAAAAAAAAAAAAAGUUGGGGGAGUGUUAACUUCUAUGAAAGAACUAUUUAUGUUGCAGUAAAAGUGGAAAAUAUGUUAGAUUUUGUGGAAUUAGCCACAUGAAAGCAAACGUACAUAUCAACACACGCACGGACGUGCAUAUUGGGCCAACAUGUUUGUUUAUGCCAUGGGUCUUCAGUAUUUUCCAGGCUAGGGACCCCCAAGCUGAUGGAGAGCAGGAACCUCCUACUUUUAUACACUGUAUAAUAAAAAUGUGUUUUACAGUUGUGCUCAUAAGUUUAUAUAACCUGGGAGAAUUUAUGAUUUCUUGGCCAUUCUUCAGAAAAUAUGAAUGAUAACACAAAAAGUAGCCAAAAAGUUCAACGUUAGUCUCAUCACUCCAGAUUACUUUGGUCCAGAAGUUUUGAGGCUUGUCUCUGUGCUGUUUGGCGUAAUGUAAGCGAUAUACUUUGUGACUUUUGCGCAGAAAUGGCUUUCUUCUGGCGACUCGACCAUGCAGCCCAUUUUUCUUCAAGGGCCUCCUUUUUGUGCAUGUUGAAACAGCCACACCACAAUUUUUCAGAGAGUCCUGUAUUUCAGCUGAAGUUACUUGUGGAUUUUUCUUUGCACCUUGAACAAUUUUCCUGGCAGUUGUGGUUGAAAUCUUUGCUGGUCUACCUGAAUCCCUCAUUUUCCUCUUCUUAAUCAGCGUUUGAACACUGCCGAUUGGCAUUCUCAAUUCCUUGGAUAUCUUUGUAUACCCCUUUCCUGUUUUAUGCAGUUCAAUUACCUUUUCUCGCAGACCCUCUGGCAAUUAUUUUGCCUUCCCCAUGACUCAGAAUCCAGAAACAUCUGUGCAGCACUGGAUGAAAGAUGCAAUGGUCUGUCAGAAGCCCAGAAACUCACUGACCUUUUAAACAGACACAUUAAUUAAAAACAAACAGGUCACAGGUGAGGAUUGGAACCUUGAUUGGCCAUUCAAAUCUGUUUGUGUCAACUUUUGUGCAUGUUAUCAGAUCAAAGUCACUGGGGUAUGUAAACUUUUGAUCAGGGUCAUUUGGGUACUUUCUUUUGUCAUUUUGAUUUAAAAAGAGUAAACACAGUUGUUUGCCAAUAAAUAGCUUCACACAACCAUUAAUUAUGAGUGGAAGAAAGGUUUUUGUCUUAUCAUUCAUAUUCUCUGAAGAAUGGACAAGAAAUCAUAAAUUCUCCCAGGAUAUGCAAACUUAUCAAACUGGUCCUAAAGGUAAAUUGUGCAAUACUAAAAUACUCAAAUAAUACAGCUAAUCCCUAGCUGGCAACUAGUGUGCUAAUCGCUGCUAUUUGCUACUUGGCAACUAGCGCAUUAAUUGUUAGCUGGUAGCUACUGCAGCUGGCAAAAAGAGCGCUAAUCGCUAGCGAUUUUAAAUACUAACGUGAAUACGAUGAGAAUGAUUCAUGCACGUUACAUUGAGUCGGGUGGCCAUGCCACAUGCCUGUUCUACACUGCACCACAAUGUGUUGCACACAUGUUAAUGUUUAAAGACAUUUCAAUCUGGGGGGAAAUUGCAAGGAGGAAUUUAAAAAAAUAUGCAUUUAAAAAAAUGUCUUGACUCCCCUGUUGAAGACCUCGGGUCUAUCCUGUUUUACCCUGUUUCCCGGUCCCUUGGCCCUGUGGCCAUGUUUUGUCUGUUUCACAGCAGGUGGUCUGUAAGUGUGAUUCAUGUGUUAUGAUGCGCACUCUGAAGAUUUAAGUUCAAGUAACGCAGAGAUGUUAAUGUUUAUAAGUAGCAUGUUUGUUGAGAGUAUUAAGUGCCAAAGACUGACUUUGUUUCUGUGUUGCCAAAAGGAAGACAAUAAAAUGUAAAAGGGAUUGUUUCUCUUUUGUGGCACCAACUCCUCCUACAGUACAUUUAUUAGCCUGAACAUACAAAACCCAAAACCAGUGAAGUUGGCACGUUGUGUGAACCGUAAAUAAAAACAGAAUACAAUGAUUUGCCAAUCCUUUUCUAUUUAUAUUCAAUUGAAUAGACUGCAAA